CCCCGCCCCCGCCCGGCAACCAUAAAAGCGCCGGCCCACGGAGGCUCGGCGAGAGGAAAGUUCCGUCCCGGCGGCUCCGGAGUUCAGGGUCCAGCCUGCACCUGCCUGUCCAGGCCAGGACGCUGCCUCAACACCUGUGACUUCAUGUGUUUGCCACAUCUGCAGUCACACCUGCAGCCACCUUUAGCAAGGAAUCCGCGUCUAGACAACCUUGGUGGCUACAAGUCCGCAAUCCACACCUGUGACGCCUAACACCUGUUAACACCUGGGUCACACUUGAUAACCUGGCACACUACCUGACACCUGUAGUGCCAAAGAACCCUCACCUCAGCUGUUGCAAUACCUGCCACCCCUGCCACACAACCCGACCCUCCCCAGACCGUCCUGCUAGAGGAAGCAAUGGCCUUGGCUCCUGAGAGCGGGGCUCCUCGGGUGCGGUUUGGAGAGUGGCUUCUGCACCAGAUCAGCAGCGGCCGCUACGAGGGGCUGCAGUGGCUGGACCAGGCCCACACGCGCUUCCGAGUGCCCUGGAAGCACUUUGCACGCAAAGACCUGGGCGAGGCGGACGCGCGCAUCUUCAAGGCUUGGGCAGUGGCCCGUGGCAGGUGGCCACCCAGCAGCAGCAGAGGUGACCAGCCGGCCCCCGAGGCUGCGGAGCGCGCAGGCUGGAAAACCAACUUCCGCUGUGCGCUGCGCAGCACGCGGCAGUUUGUGAUGCUCCAGGACAACUCGUGGAACCCCGCCGACCCUCACAAGGUGUAUGCGCUCAGCUCUGAGCUGGGUGGGAGAGAAGGCCCAGGCAUCGACCAGGGUGAGGAAGAUGGCCUCGAGGGUGGCCCCCACACACAGGGCGGGCCCCCAGGGCCACUCCUGGCAAGAGGAGGCUCUGAGCUGCACAGCCCACACCCGGUUCCAGCUGGUGAUGCGGUUCCAGCUGGUGAUGCGGGGAACCUCUUGCUCCAGGCCAUGCAGCAGAGUUGCCUUGGGGACCAAAUGAAAGCUGCAUGUGGGGGAGAGCCAGACCCCCAGCAGGCUCCUGGAGAGGGCCAGGAGGGGCCAGCCCUGAGCGGGGGCUGUGUUGGAGGCCCAGGGCUCCCUGCUGGGGAGCUGCUCAAAGCAUGGGAGGUGCAAGCAUGGGCGGUGGAAGCAGCCCCUAUCUUUGAGCUCCCCGACCUAACGACAAGUUGUCAGUUCGGGCAGCCCUCUCCAGAUGCAGGCCAGGGUGCGGCUCCAGAGCCCGGCGUGAGGCCGCCUCACUGGGCCGCCGGCCCCAGCAUCCUCACUGCAGGGGGAGAGCCCAGCCUGUGGGUGCUGGACGUGACCAUCAUGUACAAGGGCCGAGCAGUGCUGCAGGAGGUAGUGGGGCGCCCAAGCUGCUUGCUCCUGUACGGCCCCCCAGGCCCAGCUGUGCAGGCUGCAGAGCCCCAGCACGUGGCGUUCCCCAGCCCGGCGGAGCUCCCCGACCAGAAGCAGCUGCGCUACACGGAGGAGCUGCUGCGGCACGUGGCCCCCGGGCUGCAGCUGGAGCUGCGGGGGCUGUGGCUGUGGGCCCGGCGCAUGGGCAAGUGCAAGGUGUACUGGGAGGUGGGCGGCCCCCUGGGCUCUGCCAGCCCCUCCACCCCUGCCCGCCUGCUGCCGCGGAACUGUGACACCCCCAUCUUCGACUACGGCACCUUCUUCCGAGAGCUGCUGGAAUUCCGGGCACGGCAGCGCCGGGGCUCCCCCCACUACACCAUCUACCUGGGCUUUGGGCAGGACCUGUCUGCUGGGAGGCCCAAGGAGAAGACCCUGGUCCUGGUGAAGCUGGAGCCGAGGCUGUGCCGGACCUGCCUGGAGGGUGUGCAGCGCGAAGGCGUGUCCUCCCUCGACAGCAGCCUCAGCCUCUGCCUGUCCAGCACCAACAGCUUCUACGACGACAUCGAGCACAUCCUCAUGGAGCUGGAGCAAGCCGCCUAGGGCCAGACCCCAGCCCUCCCCGGUCCAAUAAAAAGAGCCUCAGAACCA